GACAAUGACAACCUCUUUUCAGUGGUGUUGGGGCCUAUUUCUAUCACUUUCACUUUAUUCUAUCCAUUCAACCUGCACAGACAAUGUACAUAUUAUCUACUUAGGGAUAAACCAAGCAAAGGAUCCUCUCCUCACUACCAAAUCCCAUGUCCAACUUCUCUCUAUGGUCUUCUCUAGUGAACAAGAUGCAAAAGAUGCCAUGAUAUACAGCUACAAGCACAGCUUCUCCGGCUUUGCUGCUAGGCUGAAUUCAACUCAAGCCACUGCUUUAGCAAUGAUGGAAGGGGUGAUAUCAGUGUUCAGGAGCAAAACACUGCGGUUGCACACAACGCGAAGCUGGGAUUUCAUGGGCCUGGCAUUAGAUCACAAUAAAGCAGCAACUCCAUUGCAACUAGCUUACGGUGAUGAUGUUGUGGUUGGGAUCUUCGACACAGGUAUCUGGCCGGAAUCUGAGAGUUUCCGGGAAGAACCCGGCAUGGGACCAGUACCAUCAUGGUGGAAGGGAAGGUGUGUGAAAGGUGAAAAGUUUGUGCCAAACAAAGCAUGCAACCGGAAACUGAUCGGUGCUCGUUACUACGUAGAAGGUUUCGAGCAGAUAUAUGGGCCACUAAACACAAGUGAAAACGGAGAGUACCGAUCGGCCCGAGACUACUUGGGACAUGGGACGCACACAGCAUCGACAGCAGUGGGAUCCAUCGUGAAGAAUGCAAGCUUCAUGGGGUUUGGGGAGGGCACAGGCAGGGGUGGUGCCCCGAGGGCUCGGCUUGCGGUGUACAAAACAUGUUGGAGUAAGGAGCUGGACGGGCGGUGCACGGAAGCUGACAUACUGGCGGCAUUCGAUGAUGCGUUGCACGAUGGGGUGCAUGUGAUAUCGGCUUCAUUUGGGGUUGGGCCUCCCUUGGCACCAUUCUUCGCCUCCAGCGCUGAUAUUGGUUCCUUCCAUGCAACACAGUUGGGCGUCACCGUCGUCUUCUCUGCUGGAAAUGAUGGCCCUGAACCGUCUCUCGUGGAAAAUGUUUCGCCUUGGGGCAUAUGCGUAGCUGCCUCCUCCAUUGACAGGAAGUUUUCCACCCGGCUGCUGCUAGACAACAACCUCACAAUUCUGGGUGAGAGCUUCAACUCCAAACAAAUAAAUGGGAGACUGGUGGAUGGGAUCAACUAUUUCUUUGAUGGGAGUUGUGAUUUUGAGAAAUGGAGAGGGAGGUUGGUCUCAGGGAGGUUAGUUCUGUGUUUCUCAACGUUAGGGCCUGUUUCUAGUGGUGCUGCGGCCUUGGCAGUUCUGAGAGCCAAUGGAUCAGGGUUGAUCUUUGCGGAGCCCGCUACCAAGCAAGCAGCUGAUGUUGAUAUUAUCCCUACCAUCCGAAUAGAUGUUAAUCAAGGGACUCGAAUUCUCCAUUAUCUUGUUCAAUCUCCCAAGGUCCCUAUGGUGCAAUUACUUCCCGGUAAAACUAUCAUUGGGAGGUCACCGGCACCAGUGGUUGCCGACUUCUCCUCCAGAGGGCCAAGUUCGAUUGCUCCUGAUAUUCUAAAGCCAGAUAUAAGUGCACCAGGAAUCAAUAUCUUGGCUGCAUGGUCUCCAGAAUCGCCUCCAACUUUGCUACCCAUCGACGGCCGGUCUGUGAGUUGGAAUUUCCAGUCGGGGACUUCCAUGUCCUGCCCUCAUGUAGCAGGGGUAGUAGCCCUUCUCAGAUCCGCACAUCCUGAAUGGUCUCCUGCAGCAAUCAAGUCAGCUCUGAUGACUACAGCCUAUACAAGAGACACAAGCGUCGACAAAAUUCUGGCCGGGGGAUCUAUGAAACUGGCAGACCCAUUCGAUGUUGGUGCUGGCCACAUAAAUCCAGUAAAGGCAAUGGACCCUGGACUAGUGUAUGACAUGAAUACAAGGGACUAUAUCAUCUUCCUCUGCAGCUUGGGCUACACAGAAGCCCAAAUACAGAGCAUGGUCCUUGAGCCUGCUGCUGCAAUGGUCGACACCAGUUGCCCUAAAGGCCAUCGGACGACCUUAACACACCUGAAUUAUCCAUCAAUUACAGUGCCCAACCUCCAAUCCACUGUUACAAUCAAGAGGACUGUGCGCAACGUUGGUCCAGAGAAGGCUAUAUACUUUGUGAGCAUCGUCAAUCCUGACGGAGUGAAGGUCGUCGUCCGGCCCAGAAUCCUAGUCUUCUCCUAUUGCAAACAAGAAAUCUCAUAUCACGUAACGCUUACACCCAUGAAGCAUUCUCAGGGGAGGUAUGAUUUUGGGGAGAUAGUGUGGUCUGAUGGCUGCAGCCAUCAUCAUGUCAGGAGUCCAUUGGUUGUGCGUGUUAACACAACGACUGUUGUUGAUGGUGUUGACUCCAUAUCUCAAUAUUAAUUCUACUUUUUUAAUUAUUUA